AGUAUUUAGUACAACAGAUAACAAGAUGGCUUCUGCUCAAGUUGCACUUCCACAAAACUUUCAUGCCAUUAUUAAAGAUGCAGACUCAGAGAUUGACACCUCCUCUACGGAGAAGGUGUUUAAACAGCUCCAGUCUGGAGUUUUCUUGAAGAAUAACAAACAGAAGUGUACGUAUGACCAGAGCUCUAAUGCGACCAACUUCCAGCUAUUUGCAAAGGAUCUCAUAUACGAAGGGGGAGAUUGGAUAUGGGACACAGACAGCGGUUCGGGAGUGGAAGUGGCUGAACUAGAGAGUGGAACAAGUAUCAAGGUAACAGGGAAUUUCGACACAAGUAAACUAUCUCCAGCCAAGACCUAUGCUGUUUCUUUCACUAUAAAGAUGAAGAACGACGCCGAGGGAUGGGAAAGUCCCGUGACCAUGGAAUUUGAUCUCCCAACUGGAGUAAUUAAAAAAAUUACAAAAAAUCUGAGUCAACAACGUUCCGAAGUUUGGGUAAAACACACAAUUGGAGAUUUCACCGUUCCUAGUAAUGGUAUGUCUGGAGUUAUGAAGAUCUUUUUGUCUUCAUCGGAUGAUAAGAAGAAGAAGGGAAUUGUUAUCAGGGAAAUCGACAUUACAGCCAAAUAGAAAUAAGUAUGAGGAUAAUCGAAGAAUGGACGUUUGCAGAACUAAGUUUCUAGACAUGUAAUGAAUAAAAUAAUUUAGUUCUCAUGCGUCAAAUAUAAGUAGUAGUACUAGUAGCGGUCUAUAUGACUGCGAAUAAAUAAAAACGUAUGGGACUUUUGUAUAAUAAUCUAUGGAAUAAUCAAGAGUCUCAGUUUAUAUAAA